AUGCUUUCCUUCCUGGCCCUCUUUGGCUUCGCCGGCCUGGCAGCUGCAGGAACCAUACAUCAGCGCAGCUCCAAGACCCUUGCUGCCGGCAGCUUCUUGAAGCCCGUGGAGUAUGAACACACUUUGCGAGUGUGCAACGCGUACCCGGGCACCGAACGGUUUCAGGUUGAGAUGGGUGGCGUCAGUAUCAUGACGGGUGCUCCGAUGGGGUACAAGGAGUGCCAGCAACUGAACUUGACAAAGCCGCUGAUGCCCGGAGAUCGCCUUGACUUCCGUGCGGACUCGCUGCCUGCGGCCACCUUCACGGUCGACUCCCUGCCGAAGUACAACGCAGUCAUGUACGUCGUGGUCCAUCGUCGUGGCUCCACAACGGAUGCGGUUUCAUUCCAGUCCCACAUGUUCUCCACCGCAAAGAACGCGCAAGUGGCUGUCCUCGACACCUACACAGGUGAGGCGAAGGCGGCACUACUUUUGGCCAACUCGACAGGACAGUGGGAAGGCACAGUCCUCCCUUUCGGUACCGCUUUCGGCAUUCCUGACGGCACAUACCAGGUCAUCCUCAGCGACGGAAGUGCAGACUCGAAGAUCCGUGCUCCUUUCACUGCGGUGAAGGGCGAAAGCUACAUUGUCCUCCGUACUGGGGUGACCGAAAAGAUGGCCAACAGCUCCGGCAUUGAUUACCCGCAGGAUCUCAUCGUAUUUCCUGUGACCAGCGCUGGUUGGGGACAUCGAAGCAGCGCAGGGCGUAUGCUGACCGGCUUGCUGAUGCCGAUGUUGGCUUUGAUUGCCUGCUGGUAG